GUGCUGGUAGACCGGACAAUGUACAUUUCGGGACAGAUAGGUAUAGAACCUUCCACCGGGCAGCUUGUCUCUGGAGGGGUAAAGGAAGAAGCUAAGCAGGCUUUAAAAAAUAUGGGAGAAAUCCUGAAAGCUGCAGGCUGUGACUACAGCAGUGUUGUGAAGACUACAGUUUUGAUGGCAGACAUGAAGGACUUCAAUGCUAUUAAUGACAUUUACAAGCAGUCCAAGUUGGUGUUAAGGCUGUGCAGUGUCAGCAGUGGUGCCCAAGUUGAGAUUGAAGCCAUUGCUGUUCAAGGACUCCUCCAAGAUGCUUCAGCCUGA